UUGAAUGUAAAAAAGAAAUCGUCGACUAUGCAAGAAAUCACAGAAAUAAUCAAGCAGCAAAGCACUUUGAUAUCGAUCAUGGUAUGACAAGUGAAAUAAAGGAAAAAAGCAAGCGGGUCGGUUCUGGUCGGAAAGCCUUAUUUCCAGAAGCAGAGAAAAAACUUUAUACUUGGAUUAUACAACAAAGAAAAGAAGGUCUUGCGGUGACCUACGUAACAAUAAGAAAUAAAAUGCUAGAAAUCUUAAAAGAAUCUGAAAUGGUGGUUCUUUAUGGUAAUAUAGGAGAGGACUUUAAAACAUCUCAGCAUUGGAUAUUGGGCUUUAUGAAAAGGUUCAAUUUGGCAUUGCGCAGACAGACCAGAAUUUCUCAAAAACUUCCUAAUAAAACUCAGGAACAACUAGAAAAAUUUCAAAAGUUCGUUAAAAAACUAAGAAUCGAAAAGCCAUUCGAACUGGGAAACAUCUUUAAUAUGGAUGAAACACCAGUCUGGUUUGAUAUGGCCGGUGUUUAUACGAUUAAUCCAAAGGGAGAAAAGACGGUUCAUAUUCGAGCCAUGGGAAACGAAAAGAAUCGAUUUACAGUUGUUCUUACAUGUGCCACGGAUGGAUCUAAAUUCCUCCCAUCUGCAUCUUCAAAGGAAAACGAAUGCCGCGAGAAGUAUGUGGAUUAUUUUAACGAUAUAUGGGUGAAAAGCGGGUUGCGAGAAAAUUCGGCAAUGCUUGUGUACGAUUCUUUUAGAGGCCACCUAGAAGAUUCGAUUAAAGAAAGAUUUCAUGAAAGUGACGUCCAUCUUGCGGUAAUUCCGGGCGGAUUGACAAGUAAAUGUCAACCACUUGAUAUCUCUAUAAAUAAACCGUUUAAAGACAACCUCCGAAAGGAGUGGCAUUCUUGGAUGGCGAGUGGUGAUGCAGGAGAAACUGCCGCAGAAAAUCUUCGCCGCGCAAGUCUUAGUGAUGUGUGUUUAUGGGUGAAACGCUCAUGGGAGG